AUGGCUCAGUUGCAGGACCCCUCAUACUUCAAGGUGUUGAAACACGGAGAGUUGGUGGAUGCGGGUACGCAGACGGAAGAGGCCCCCUCGGUGACAACCAGGAUGGACGUCGCCACGCAAGUCAGUGAAGGUCAACUAGACAGCUAUGAUGAUGGCGACAUCCUGGAUGAUGACCGAGGUGAUAGCAAUGUGGAUACGCCUCCCGAAUGGACUAUGGAAUUCGAGGAACCACAGGGCGGCGAGACGUUUGCGGAGAAAGCACUCUGGUUCAUGAGCCUGGAUAUGGUCAGCGGUUUCUGGGCAAUCAAGAUGCCCGAAAGAGCCAAGUUGAUUUCAGCUUUCGUAUUCCCGUUUGGACAUUUCCAGUGGAUUCGAAUGCCGUUUGGUCUAAAAAAUGAACCCCUGAUUUACGAGCAAGUGAUCAACAAUUGCCUGUGGGGAUUCGUGCGUCUGCCACCAGAAGAGGAGGCGGAAGUAGACCAAGAAGUUUUGGAUUACCUGGAUCUGGAUCCCCAGGAUGAUGGACCUCCAGGGUGUGUGAGUCUGCCGAAGGGCGAGUUCGGGAUAUUGUCCAUUCCGUAUCUGUCGCAUGAGAUUAGCGCCGAAGGAAUCAGGGCAACACCAAAGACCGCUAAGGGUGUUCAGGAUUUACCGUUCCCAACAACGAUGAAGGGAGUGCAAUCUUUCUUGGGCAGCCUGAAUUACUAUCAUAAAUUCUUCGAAGACUACCCUGUGAUUACAGCUUCCCUGUAUGAACUCUCGGAUGACCAAGUGCGCUCAGGGCAAAAUCUAUCCAGGGCAAAGCAGGCGUUUGAAACCUGCGCGGUCCUGGGUCACGAACAUGACGGCUUGAUCCAGCCAGUGCGUUUUACGGACCGUGUUCUCCACGACGCGAAGUUGAGAUACCACAUCGCAGAAAAGGAGGUCAUCACCGUGUUGAGGUGGAAUCUGGACGUGAGGAAGAUCCAGCGAGACGAAGAUGGACUAGCUGUCAUCCUGGGUGCCGGCAUCACACCUCGGGAGCAUCUGGAUGAAGGCGCCGAGGAGCUCAUUCCUGCCAAGGGGCGUGCAAAACCACCACCGAUAAUUAGCGUGGAGAUGUUGGAAGAUACAUUCGUUUUAAGCUUUGAUGGUGCCACCAAGAUGUCUAGCAGGCAAGGCAGUAGUGGAUGUAUUUUAUGGGAACUCCCCGGAUGGAAAAUCCUGGAUGCACAGGGUUUCAUCCUGGAUGACGUUACUGUGAAUGACGCCGAAUACUGCGGGAUCUUGAAUGGUUUAAUCAUGGCGCAGGCCAGGGGCGUUAAAGACCUGAUCGCUGUGGAGGCGAUUGGCCAGUUGUGA